AUGGAGUUCUUAAGCGGCCGAGCGAGGCUGAAGGCCGGGGACCGGCGGGAGCUGUAUCCCCACAGCCUGCAGUUCUACCUGGAGCCCCCCACAGAAAACAUCUCUCUGGUGGAGUUCGAGAGCUUAGCCGUCGACCGUCUGAAGCUGCUCAAAGCAGUUGAGAACCUUGGUGUGAGCUAUGCGAGGAGCAGUGAAUGCUACAAAACCAAGCUGGAGGCUGAGCUCCGCAAGCUGAAGUUUCCCUACAAAGCUUUGGCUGAGGAUGAUUAUGAGGCACGCAGGAAGGACCACAUCUCUCAUUUCAUACUGCGCCUUGCUUACUGCCAGUCAGACGACCUCAGGCGGUGGUUUCUCCAGCAGGAGAUGGAUCUGCUGCGGUACCGCUUCAACCAGCUGACUGAUGGCCUCAGGCAGAAGUUCCUGGAGUAUGUCAAUCUCUCCUUUGAAGCUGUUAGUGAAGACCUGAAAAAUGAGUUGGCAAAUGAGCUGUGUGCAUCCACCCCUGGCUUCAGCAUGAUUAAAGUGAAAGAACAAAUGUUCUACAAGGUUGGGCUUGCAGAUGCUGUGGAUCUGUUCAGAGCCAGGAGGGUGUUCGUCAUGGAGGGCUUUGCCUACGUGCCGCUGAAGGACGUUGACGCCAUCGUCCUGAACAGCUACAGGGCGAAGUUGUCCAAGGCCCUGGCGCUGACAGUGCGGUCGCUGCCUGCCGUACAGUCUGACGAGAGACUGCAGCCUCUGCUGAAGCACCUCAGCCAUGCCUAUGUUGGCCCAGAUUACAGCGUGCAGAAGAAUGCAGGAAAGAUUUCUCUGGAGGAGAUUGAUGCUCUGUCGGUGAGGUCCUUCCCGCUCUGCAUGCGGCAACUGCACCGAGCCCUGCGGGACAGCCACCACCUGCGCCACGGCGGCCGCAUGCAAUAUGGCCUCUUCCUGAAGGGCAUCGGCCUGACGCUGGAGCAAGCCCUGGACUUCUGGAAGAGAGAGUUCAUCCGGGGCAAAGUGGAUGCAGACAAGUUCGACAAAGGCUAUGCUUACAGCAUCCGGCACAGCUACGGCAGGGAGGGCAGGAGGACUGACUACACCCCCUACAGCUGCAUGAAGAUCAUCAUGUCCAACCCCCCCAGCCAGGGCGACUACCAUGGGUGUCCCUUCCGCCACUGUGAGCCGGAGCUGCUGAGGCAGAAGCUGCAGGCCUGCAAGGUGCCUCCUGCUGGGAUAGCUCAGAUCCUGGAGCUGGUGAAGGGCAUGCACUACCAGCUGGCCUGCCAGAAGUACUUCGAGCUGACCCACGAGGUGGAUGAUGUGGGGUUCUCUUUGAGUCACCCUAACCAGUACUUCACAGAGAGCCAGAGGCUGCUGAGUGGUGCUAGAGAAGGAAAGAAGGAACCGAGCAGCCCAGGAAACUCCCAACAGAAGAGUGUCAGGCAGGAAAGCAAGAAUGUGAGUUCUGCCCUGACCCCUUCCAGUACAGCAGCUGCUGCAGAGCUGGAGGGGCUGAAGGCUUACUUCACUGAAGACUGAGCAGCUGU